UGUUACCAAUCUAUGUCUAUGGUCGGCUGAUCGCUUAGCAAACACAGCAACUGCAUUGGAUUGAGAAAUGGGUCUCUCGCGGUAUCUCUUACUACUUUCUUCCUGUUGGAUUGACUAGGGAUAAAGUGGGGUCGUAUCCGCAAACAGACGGAAAGAAAAAUGAGACAACUAUCCACAUGAGUAGCACAACAGAAAAACAUGUUUGCUGCUUAUUCAGUUUUAUUACCGUGGGCCAUGCAGUUUUGUUUUUCUUCUUUUUUUGUCGAUAUCCUCAUAUCCAUGUCGACUCUUUCCUUUUUCUCCUUCACUUUGAUCCGAGAUUCAUGAAAAGCAAUCGAUUGUAUGUGCUGAGCACGCUCUUCAGCUGUGCACUAGCUUUAUUAAGCGGAAGAUGUAUUGUUAAAGUAGCAAAGAUAGAAAAAAAAAAAAGAGAAAGAAGGAAUAAAGUCGGCGUAUAGAUCC